GGCGAGGGUGUGGACGUUCCCCCCUGCAUUCAACCCGCUGGAGACAAGAUACACCGCUGCUAUUAACUUAUGUCCGUCUGAACUCUUAUUACUCUGAAACGGGCGAACACACCGGGUUUGCUGUAGAGCUGUUGAGCAUCUCUGACACUCUUUGUCCCAGAUGAGGGACUGAUGCUGGCCAGGACUUUGCGGAACCCUUUGGGCCAGCCUCUCGCUACAGUUUAGUUCUGCAUCUACUCUGAAGUGGUGGCACCUUUCAGAGGAAAAACACCGCAGCUGAAAUGGAUGACAUCUUUACACAGUGCCGAGAAGGCAACGCAGUCGCAGUACGAUUAUGGUUGGACAAUACAGAGAACGACCUCAACCAAGGAGAUGACCACGGCUUCAGCCCCCUGCACUGGGCAUGCAGGGAGGGCCGCUCCAGCGUGGUGGACAUGCUCAUCAUGAGAGGAGCUCGCAUAAACGUCAUGAACCGUGGCGACGACACACCGCUCCACUUGGCCGCCAGCCAUGGACACCGGGAAAUCGUUGGGAAGCUCAUCCAGUGCAAGGCAGACACAAACGCAGCCAAUGAACAUGGAAACACACCACUGCAUUAUGCUUGCUUCUGGGGCCAGGACGAAGUGGCUGAGGACCUUGUGACUAAUGGAGCACAGGUGAGCAUCUGUAACAAAUAUGGGGAAACUCCCUUGGACAAAGGCAAACCUCACCUACGUGAACUCCUCAGAGAAAGGGCUGAGAAAUUGGGACAGAACAUGACUAAAAUCCCCUUCAAGGAUACAUUCUGGAAAGGCACCACCAGAACUCGACCCCGCAACGGCACUUUGAACAAACUUGCUGGCGUCGACUACAAACAGCUCUCCCUCCUUGCUAAAAUUAAUGAGAACCAAUCAGGAGAGCUGUGGCAAGGACGCUGGCAGGGGAAUGAGGUUGUCGUGAAGGUGCUUAAAGUUCGAGACUGGACCACGAGGAAAAGCAGAGACUUUAAUGAGGAGUAUCCCAAACUCAGGAUAUUUUCCCACCCGAAUGUUCUACCCAUGUUGGGAGCAUGUCAGGCUCCUCCCGCCCCUCACCCCAUCAUCAUCACACACGCGAUGCCUUAUGGCUCCCUCUACAACGUGCUGCAUGAAGGCACCAACUUUGUGGUGGACCACACACAGGCAGUGAAGUUUGCGUUGGACAUUGCUUGUGGAAUGGCUUUCUUACACACACUUGAACCCAUGAUUCCUCGCCACUAUCUCAACAGCAAGAGCGUUAUGAUAGAUGAAGACAUGACAGCCAGGAUCAGCAUGUCAGACGUCAAGUUCUCCUUCCAGUGUCCCGGCAGGAUGUACUCGCCUGCGUGGGUCGCCCCUGAGGCCCUGCAGAAGAAACCAGAAGAUAUUAACCGUCGCUCAGCAGACAUGUGGAGCUUUGCUAUCCUGCUGUGGGAGCUGGUGACCAGAGAAGUUCCCUUUGCUGACCUGUCCAACAUGGAAAUAGGCAUGAAGAUUGCCUUGGAGGGUUUGAGGCCCACGAUCCCGCCCGGCAUCUCCCCCCACAUUUGCAAGCUGAUGAAGAUUUGCAUGAACGAAGAUCCUGCCAAGAGACCUAAGUUUGACAUGAUUGUGCCCAUUCUGGAAAAAAUGCAGGACAAGUGAAAAGUGAAAAGUGAAAAGUUUUCCUCCGUGUUCAGUCGGUGUGUGCACUGAACACGAUCAUUACUGGAUAUCUUCCCACAGAUGUAUCACUCUUGAUAUGGUGGUGUGGUGCUUACCAGUAUUGCCUUAAACUCCUUCAUCUAACGUCGCAUUCAACGCCACUAUAGCUUCUGAGACGCAAUCUCUUCUUUUAUAUCUUCCUUUUUUUUGUUGUUCUAAUGUCAAGUUUUUAUUCCUCGUCCUCGUCUUUGUCCCCGAUCUGCUGACGCAUCUUUUAAUCUGUCAUCAAGUGGACUGAGUACAAUCUUAUUUAAGCGACUGAACGACAAUCGGUGUGUUUUCUUCAGUUGAUUUCAGGCCACAUUUUUAUCUUGGAAAAAGCUGUCCUCUUAAGUUUGGCUGAAUGAUUUGGGCAAUAUCUAUCUAUCUAUUUUAUUUUUUUGUAAACAAUCUGCAUAAAUAUACCAUUAAUCUACAAAAUACUUAACUCUAAUGCAACGGCAAGAAUUUAUUGCAGUUUUUUUUAAAUUGGCGUUAAGCAAAACAAUCAAACAACAACAAUUAAAUGUAAGCAUUUGUGGAUUUGCUAAUUGCGAUGUUUCAAAAAUGUGUGUUUUCCACUUAAAAAACGAUUAGUUGUUCAGCUCGACUCUUAACACAACUGCUCCUUUUUAUGAUAAAAAUAAAUUAACACGUCAACCUAAAGCUUGUCUUGAGGGUAAAGGUUCACGUUUCAAACUGUAUGCUGGCAUGUCACAAAAAAAUAAAAGACUCAGAAGCCAAGAAUAAUUUAUAUGAAUGAGUGAACGGAGCAGGAUUAGUUUGGUCCCAUAGGAAAAUGUAAAGCUUGUCCUGACUGUAUCUUCAUUUACUUUGUUUUUCCAGUGCAGUAAAUAUGUUUUAUUAUUGCAAUUAUGGGAGGACGAUGCUGAUUUUUCUCUUGUUAAUCAUCAUAAUGUAGUCCGCUGGGUUACUCAAACAUACCCCAGUUUUAUCAAGGUACAAAUGUAAUUUGUUCUGUUGUCGACAACAGCAACUAUUUUUACGACUGCAUCCGGCGCUACUGCCAACAGACGAUGACUGGGACAUAAAGGGAUAGUAUUAUUAACAUCAUACAAUCUGGUCCUCACUUGUUUUUUUUUUUAUGACUUAUUAUUUGGAGCCUGUAGUUUACUUCAGAAUCGGUUUGUGUUUGUGUUUUGUCUCGUCUGUGCCUCCACCAGCUUGCUUGUUUGUGCCCAAUCACAGGUUGAAGCCAAAAUCGAGAAUGACUUACUACAAAUGUAUGUAUUUAUAUAUAAGUAUAUUAAAAAGAAAAAAAGUA